AUGGCAUCAUCGUUGAUUCGCUCAGUUUUCAAAUUAAGAACUAUAAUAAAUUCAAAUAUUCAUUGCGAUAAAUGUAUUUUCAUUAAAUCAGCAAUAGUUAAUUCUAAUCGAAGUUUCGAAACAAAUGCUACAAAUACGAAUAGCCAUGAUAAUAUCUUUUAUAAAAAAUUUGAUAUACAAAACGAUGAAAGUCUACAUUUUAAAGAACAUCGUAUAAACGCUCUUUCAGCUGAAAAAAUUAUUGAUAAUCGAUUCAAAUUUCUAAAAGAAAAUAUAUACAAUCAUGUUAAUUAUGAAUUAUUAGAAGAUUUUCCAAAAUGGUUUAAAGAAUUACAUAUGCAAAAUCUGACUCAUUAUUUUAAAGAAAAAACAUAA